GGCCGUGAACGCACCGUGAUCGGGUCAGACAGGACAGGUGAGUUUCACCUGCAGCUCACAUCUGCUCCAGAACAAAAGGAGGGCGACUCACAGGCGGGUUUUAACCUGAGGACCAACACACGGAGGAAUAUCAGCAGAGACCAGGUCCGGAUGUCUUCAGGAGGAGUUGGUUCUGUCCCCAGGUUCGACCGGGUGCGAGAGAUCCCUCACUAUGACCAGGUCCCUUUGGACCCCUUAUGGCAUAAUACUUUUCCCUUUCCCCCGGGGCCCAUGAAUGGAGCAGUGCAAGCUCUCAGCUUAGACCCCCUUCCCCCUCCCCCUCUACCUGGUCAACCAGCUGUUGGUCCUGAAUCUUUCUACCCUUCUAGCGAUGAAGACCCAACGGAGGGCGAUCAUGAUGCCAUGGACAUUAAGCCAGUCCAUCGUUUUGUUCCUGACUCAGUCAAGAACUUUUUCCGGGGCAAUAGCGGCAACCGUGACAGCCAGGGACCGUCCAUCCCUCCGUCAACUGCCCCUCACUCGCCUGCACCCUCAUCCAAGAAGAGUUCCAACUGCCGCACCACAACAGGGGUCCCCUGCUCACCCCCCCACUCCGCUCCUCCAUCUCCGUCCCUUCCUGGCUCCAACUGGGGCCACAACGGAGGCUCCGGGAGCAGCUACAACGCUCACAAGGAAGACGGACUGCUACUGGGUGCUGAAGCUCUCAGCUCUGCAUCUGCAGUGCCCACCAAUCUAUCAACACAGACCUAUCAGGAGCGGGUGGAGGAGUAUCACAUGCGCUACGCCUACAUGAAGUCCUGGGCUGGCCUGUUGAGAAUCCUUGGCUGCGUGGAGCUACUGCUUGGAGCUGCUGUGUUUGCCUGUGUCUGCGCAUAUGUUCAUAAAGACAACGAGUGGUUUAAUAUGUAUGGAUACUCUGGGCCACAGCUGUUUGGAGGACUUGGUGGAGGGGCAGGUGGAUCGGGGGGCAGUUACUACACAGGCCCCAAAACUCCAUUUGUCCUGGUGGUGGCUGGUAUGGCAUGGAUAGUGACUGUUAUUCUAGUCGUUCUUGGGAUGUCAAUGUACUACAGAGCCAUCCUUCUAGACUCUUCCUGGUGGCCACUCACAGAGUGUUCCAUCAACCUUGUGUUGGCUGUGCUCUACAUAGCAGCAGGGGUGGUGUAUGUCAGGGACACCACUCGAGGAGGGAUGUGCAACAUACCAGUCUUCAAUAAUGGAAUAAACGGGGCGUUUUGUCGCACAGAGGCUGGCCAGAAUGCAGCCAUCGUCUUCCUCUUCAUCACCAUGGUGCUCUACCUCAUUAGUGCAGGAGUGUGUCUGAAGCUGUGGAGGCAUGAAGUAGCCAGGAUGAGGAGGGAGGCACUGGAACAGGAGAUGAAAACUGCAUCAUCAUUCCCUCUGUCUAUACUGGGUCCAGGCUCCAGGGCCUCAGAGCAGACUCCUCUCCCCACCAUCCUGCCAGACCUCAUGGACGCCCCAAACAGCUCUGCAGCUGCUCCUGUGAGGAUGCUGGAGCCAGAGAUCCUGCAAGGUCACAUACCAGCCGGAUACAUCCCCAAACCUGUAGUCAUAGCCGACUAUGUGGCGAAGUACCCCAGCAUACGCUCAGAGGAGGAGAGGGACCAGUACAGGGCUGUGUUCAAUGACCAAUAUGCUGAGUAUAAGGAGCUGCACAGUGAGGUUCAGGCAAUGGCUUCUAAGUUUGAGGAUAUGGACGAGAUGAUACAGAAUCUUCCCUCCCGGCCGUCAAGCCAAAUGGAGAAGGAGCGGAUCAGUGGCAUUUUAAUGGAAUAUCAGAGAAAGAAAACUGACCCGACAUAUUUGGAAAAAAGGGAGCGGUGUGAGUACCUGAAGAACAAGCUCUCUCACAUGAAACAGAAGAUUCAUGAGUACAACAAGGUUGUUGACUGGAACGAUGGUGAGUGCCAGCUGGAUAUCAGAAUGCCGAGAGACAAACAUGGCCCCCCAGCAUACCCGGCAGGUGGCAGUAAACACCACAGCAGCAGACACAGGCGCAGUGAGCUUGUGUCCAACCCAGCCUUCUCCUACCACCCAGGAGACAAGAUGCUUCACUUCUACCGCUGGACCUCACCCCCGGGUGUGAUGAAGAUAUUGUGUAUCAUCAUCGUCAUCAUGUGUGUGGCCGUGUUCGCCUGUGUGGCCUCCACGCUGGCCUGGGACUACGAUAUGAGUCUCAUGGGUCUUGGAGGUGGAGCUGGCUUGAUGCCAGGUUAUGGUGGUGGUGGUGGUGGCGCAUACGGUGGCUCGUAUGGCGGUUCAUAUGGUGGCUCCUAUGGCGGCAAUUACGGCAGCUCAUAUGGAGGCGUCGGUGCUGGCAGUGGCAGUUCCUACGGAGGUGGAGAAAUGCAAAUGGAUCCCAAGACUGGCAAAGGCUUCAUCAUCGGCAUUUCAGCCAUUACCUUUAUAGCUGUGCUCAUUAUAUUCGUGUUGGUUGUUUCGAGGCAAAAUGCUGCCCGCUCAGUAAAGUUCUACCUAGCAACCAUCAUCAUCAGCGCCAUCUUAGCGUUUCUGAUGAUCAUUGCCACUAUAGUGUACCUGGUAGCGGUGAACCCAACAGCCCAGUCCACAGGGUCUGUCUACUCCAGCCAGAUCCGACAGCUGUGUUCCCAGUACCAGACACAGACCCAGGCCCAGGGCAUCUUCCUAAACCAAUACCUUUACCAUUACUGUGUGGUGGAGGCUCAAGAGGCCAUCGCCAUUGUCCUGGGCUUCCUUGUGUUUGUCGGUCUCAUCAUCCUGCUGGUGUUCGCUGUCAAGACUCGCUCGCAGAUCAGGCACUGGGGCCCAGAGCGCAUUCUCUGGGAGGAAGUGAAGGUCUUCACAGACGGUCCACACAACAGUGUCGGGGAGUGGGUGAACAAUGUGACUGGUGACCCAGAGAUAAUGGUGAAUGACUAUAAUGACAAAGUUGGGGGUUCCAGAGACUAUCUGGACCGACUGGACAACAAGCCUCUUUACCUCCCAGGAGAUUCAGACAUAAGCAGCUCUGUGGGAAACCUGAAGCCCAGGCUGAAGGACUAUGACACUGGUGCAGAGUCUGGAGAUGACCUGGAGGAGGAGGACUUCAGCAUGUUGUUUCCUUCCAUUGUGGAUGAGCAAGAACGUCUGACCUACAAGCGGGAGUUUGACCUGGAUCACCAGGAGUACAAGGACCUGCAGUCUGAGCUGGACAACAUAAACCAGGACCUGGCCCACCUGAACAGAGAGCUCGACCGACAGCCUGAGGGCAGUCCACAAUUCUUGGAUGCCAUGAAUAAAUACACCAGACUGAAGAAUCACAAGAAGACCCCAGACUACCAGAUAAAGAAGAAGAGGUGUAAAUAUCUCAGGUCAAAACUGUCACACAUCAAGAGGAAGAUCAGUGACUAUGACCGACGACCAUGAACCUUACCGCUGACCCAUUCACAAAGGGAAAGUGACUAAUCUGCAGUUUUCCACCGCAGCAUGUUGAGAUUGAUCACAAACCGAUAUGUGAUCGUUAUAGUGAAAAGCCUGUUGCUUUAUGUUACAUCUGUAUUGAGCCAUUGAACUUUUUCAAAGACAAGUAGGUGAAGGAAAUAUUGAUGUUUAUUUUUUUUUAUAGAUAUAUAUUAUUCGACUUUUAAGGUUCUUAACCUCUGUAAGUUUAUCAUGAAAAACUUUUUUAACGAACAAUUAAGUUGUGAAUCUCUUCUGAAGUUAGAAAAUUAGGGAUGUGAUGUGAAUUGUCUUUGUUUCAGUACUAGUGAAGCACUUAUUGUGUUUCUUUUAUAGUUUAAAAAAAAAAUCAUGUUUGAUUUAUUCCUGUACAAUGAAUGUGCAGCUUAGACAUGAAUUUGUGGGAUAUGAAGUCACUGACCGCCCUUUGUAAAUUAUGUUAAUUUUUUAACUUUGCAAAUAUUUUUAAUUCUUGUAUAAAGAGCUUUUCUGUACUUAUUUUUGCUGUUUUAUCUGAAUGAUGAAACCUCGGUUCUCAAAUGGAAUCCCCCAAAUGUAACUGAGUGCUUUCUUUUAGGGUGUGUCAACAACCUGUUGGACAUUUGACUUCUAAUGUACUUCAGUUAUUUUGAAUCAAAAGCCAAUAAAUUCCUUUCUCCCUCUAA